AUGUCUCGGAUUCCGAAGGAGCAGUGGGAGAGGUUGCAGGUUAUUCUGCAGAACCGUGGUCGCUAUGGAGGUUUUCCUUCUGGUGGAGGUGGCCGCGGAGGAGGUGUGGGUGCCGCAGCUCUGAUUACACUCGGUCUUGGAGCAUACGUUCUGUCAAACUCUCUCUUUAACGUUGAUGGUGGUCACCGCGCGAUCAAAUACUCGCGAAUCGGUGGUGUGAAGAAGGAAAUCUACCCUGAAGGAACCCAUUUCGCAUUCCCUUUGAUCGAAACUCCCAUCAUCUACGAUGUCCGAGCGAAGCCGAGAAACAUUGCUUCCCUGACCGGUACCAAAGAUCUACAGAUGGUGAACAUCACUUGCCGUGUCCUGUCAAGACCUCGAGUGGAUGCUCUUCCUCAGAUUUACCGAACUCUUGGUUCCGAUUUUGACGAGCGGGUGCUUCCAUCCAUCGUCAAUGAGGUCUUGAAGAGCGUUGUUGCUCAGUUCAACGCCAGUCAGCUGAUUACCCAGCGUGAAAAUGUCGCCAGACUUGUUCGGGAUAACCUCGCUCGUCGGGCGGCCCGCUUCAAUAUUGCUCUGGAUGAUGUUUCCCUUACGCACUUGACCUUCUCCCCCGAAUUCACUGCUGCCGUCGAAGCCAAGCAAGUCGCUCAGCAAGAAGCUCAACGGGCUGCGUUCCUUGUCGACAAAGCCCGUCAAGAGAAACAAGCUUUCAUCGUCCGCGCUCAGGGUGAGGCCCGAUCAGCGGAACUUAUCGGAGACGCGAUCAAGAAGAGUAAGAGCUACGUUGAGCUUCGGAAGAUCGAAAAUGCCCGACAUAUCGCCCAGAUUCUCCAGGACAACGGUGGAAGGAACAAACUGUACCUGGACACCCAAGGUCUUGGGUUGAACGUCAAUGCGGGUUCGGAGGUCGAGAAAUAAAAUCAAAACUGCAAAAAAUCGUUUGGAAAGUCAUCUUAAUUCGAUGAUUUCUCCUUUUACCCUCCGUUCCACUCAGAUGUUGUUUGCAAUUUUUGACGUGGUUCAAGGUGCGGAAUAUCAUCUGUACAAAUAGUUCUUUCAGGUUACCACAGCACGGGCGAAUAUUGUCUCUUCUCUAUCAUAAUAUUCAUGAAUGUUACUCUACCGGUGAAUUCAUACUAAAAAAGUGC